GUGUAUUUUUAUACUGUUAUGGGACAGGUGUCACGCCUAGGAUUAGAAGGUACAACUUUUCUACGGAAUAAUGAUGUUGACCAGGGAGACGAAACUAGUCUGAAAUCACUUGUUGAAACCAGGGAUACCGCUGCAACAUCCGGUCAGCUGCUCAUGAAUUUGAAAUUUACAGGAGAAGCAGGCGAUAGCAGUGAAGUUGCGGCAUCCGGUCAACUGGCAAGAAGUAUUCAAGUAACAGGAGACGUAAAUGAAAAUGAAGCUGCAGCGUUAACAAACAGACAUUAUCCAGAAAACAGAGAAGGGAUUAAUCAAAUUUUAGAUUUGCUCAAAGAACUCAUAAGACUUCGGAAUAACACUGAUGAAAAUUCAGAUCCUUGGCAAAGCAUAGAUACAAAGAUCCAUGUCGAAAGUGACAAUGCAAGUCACACUGAUGCAGCAGAGACUAGUUUAAUACGGACAGUCAACAAUGUCAUUGCUAGUGUUGAUCUGCAAGCAGCUUUACAAGCAGAAGAAAGAGCAGAAACUCCAUUACAGCUACAAUAUACCCAAACUGACGGGAAAACUACAAGAUUGAAUCAAAACAAUAUGCAAGAAGCCACAAACGAAUCGCUUGGAUAUCACCGUGAACCACAAUCUGACACAGAUUCCAUUGUACAGCGUGUACUGCGUCGUGUGGACUUAGGAGAUGGGUCGCGUGAAUUAAUAGAAGGUAUUUUGCAGCUCUGUAUUGAAAUACAGCAAAAUGGAAAUGUCUUCAUAAUGAGCGCUGGAGAAGGCUGUGUGGUAUUUGUGGUGAAAUGUAGGACGUAUAGUGGAGUCUACAAUUUUCUCAGAUACUUCAAUAGUCCUCGCUUUCAAAUUGCGUUGGACAGGAUUUCAGGGGUUCUGCAGAGAGAUUUAGGGAUAGACGUAAUGCUGGCCCCAUUCAUAUCAGAUGAAAGCUUAAGAAAUCUUAAAUCUUAUAUAGAUGGGGAAUUCGUGCGCUUGCCGAGGGAAAGGUCGUUUGCUUUGAAAGUUGGAUAUUCGUGUAUAACCGACCUAUCUCGCUUAAAACGGUACCUGCAAUCAGACAAGGCAAAAGAGACAUUGAAGAAAAUAUCUGUCGCUUUAACAAAGUUAAAUGCAGGACAAACGAAUCUGGCCACAUCUAUCGACGCUGUUCAGAUGAUGGAAGCUUUGAAAAACAGAAAUGACAGGUUGCUGUACUCGAUAAAGAUUUAAGACACGGGAAUGCAAGAUAAUGAUGACUAACACGGACCAGAUAUUACACAUUUCUUGACAACAACGAAAUAAAGUGAAUAAGAAACAGUCUACAAAAUAUACAGGCUGAUUGUUUAAAGACAGUUUGCAGUAAAAAGUUAACAUUUUGCUCAAAGUAAAUUGUUAAUUCUACCCAAACAAUUCGGCGAAUGCUUGAACCAUUUAAUGUUUCUUUUGUGUGUGUUUUUUUUUUUUUUUUUUUUUUUUUUUUUUUUUUUUUUUUUUUUUUUUUUUUUGAAAAUUACCAUAUAUUAUAUAUUGAAUCAUUGCUUGGAGUCGGGAGUUUUUUCUUUACGAAUUGAAAUAUAUCAUCGUUUUUAUUGUUUAUCUACCUUAUCGUUUGUGUAUAAUUCAUACUCACGCCCACCCAUGGCUCAAUUUUCUGAAUGUUUUUUAAGCGAGGACCAUGUUUUUAUUUGUCAUAAGGCAUUUGUAAGAUGCUUCUUUUUUCUGUAGAUAUUGUACUUAUUCAUUUAUUUAAAGCACACUGUAUAAAUAUUGCACUUAUGCAUUAUAUCAAGUUAAUGAAUGAAUAUAUAUCUCAAACUAUUUAUAGUGAAAAAACACUAUGUGAGCAAACCAGGUAAAACAAAUCAGGUAUCGGAAAGUCAUGCAAUUAUUUUUUAGUUUCUGUUAUAUCUCAUAAAGAAAAUCAUCUACACCUUUUUUACAGGGAUAUUCAGGCAAAAUAAUGACAAAAAUAUUGAAAUGAUCUUAUGUACUAAAAGAAUGCUAAAAUGACAUUUUUAAAGUCUUAGCAUGAAUUUCUGAAUAAAUUCCAUAUAUUUUGGGUUUGAAGAGUAAAUAUAUUUACAUAUGUUAAACGGAAUUUAUACGCAAACAUAAACACCGAGUAGUUUUAAAACAAGUUAUGUGAACAAACCCUGGAAGCUACAAUACCAUAUGUUUUCAAUAUUUUAUGAUUCAAACAAGUCUAAGUCAUAAACGGUCCCAUAGUUCAAUGUGACAUAUAUUGUGAAAUCUAACCGCUCUAACCUGACCCACGUGGGUCAAGUAAGGUUACCUCCAUUUUUUUCUUUAUAAAGAGAAAAGUUGUGUUCCUUUGACUGCCUGUUGUAUCUAUUUUGAGGACAUUUACAGAAUAAUGAAUGAAACAUUCAAAACUAAGACAUGACAAUUUUGCCUGUGUCUCCUUUUAAAAGUUAAAGUAAUUCAGUGCUAAAAUUGCAUUUUAGUGUUUUUGACAAUGUGGAUAAUAUUUUUGCCGUCACCCCAUGACUCCGUCAUUUUCUUACUUUAUCUCUGUGAUAUGUCAAUUCAAUGCUUUUUUAUUUAUAAUAACAGAUUUUUGAACAAAUCAGGUAAAACAAUUCAGGUCUUAGAGAGUGGUGCAAAUAUGUUUUCAAGUUUUUUAUAUCUCAUGAUGAAAAUCAUGUACACCUCUUUUACCUCAGGUUUUUCACUUUCUGUAAUACAGUACAAAACAUACAUUUCAGUUUCCUUCACAAUAUGAAUAAGACGGAAAUAGUUGGCCGUCAACCUAUGACUCAAUCAUGUACUUAUUUUAUCCCUGUCAAUAAAAUGCUUAUUUAAAUCAUUUGUUUGACUAAGUCAGGAGUGCAUUUUGAAAUCUGAUCUAGAAUUUGUUUAUACUAUUGAUGAUGACAAAAUGUUAUGUGAACAAAUCAGGGUAAAACAAAUAACCCUUAGGGUAUGUCUGCCCUUUAACUUUGUAUUUGACGUCUCAUCUGUGAUAUAUUUUCCUUUCAAAUGUUAAUCAUCAUGUUUUUAUACAUACAUGUAUUUGAUUUUCCUAGGAUAUUCUUUUGGUUGUGGGUCUACAAUAUAAUAAAUAUUUCUAAAUCGGCAAAAGUUGUCUUUUAUUUUCAAUGACCUUAAAUGUGUUUUAAGUCAUAGUAUUAUUACAAAAAUCAUAUGAGCCUUAAGCUCCGGAGUACAUAUAAUCGCCCUCCGUCUAAGCAUCAUAUGUAUUAGGAGUGAAAAGGUUACCUGAAAUAUUUUAAUACAUUUAUAUUCAAAUGCAUAGCUAUUCCGUUGAACUUUCGUAAAAAGCACUUUGUCGCCUCGAUUCGGAUGAAAAACUGCUCAUUAUUCUAUUUUAUCAUCAAUAUCAAUUAAUAUGUCGGAAACGAUUAAAAGUAAGCAGAUUAAAUUAAUAAGAUUCA